CCUCAGCGUCAAAGAGUGAAAAGGGUAUCCUGAGCUCGCCACUUUCUUCUUCAAAAAUUCCGAUCCACAGCUACCAGUUCUAGGGUUUGCGAAAUCUCCACCAUCGAAUCCCAAAGCAAUGGCGAUGGCUGCUCUGAGACGAGAAGGGAGGCGCUUGGCCCCUCUCAUCGCUCCCCGUCCAAUCAACGCAGUCCGGUCCUCUCUUUUCCCAUCUGAGGAACAGGCCCUUUAUGGAGUACGCUCUAUUUCAACUCAAGUUGUUAGAAAUCGGAUGAAGAGUGUGAAGAAUAUCCAAAAAAUCACGAAGGCAAUGAAGAUGGUUGCAGCCUCUAAGUUACGAGCAAUUCAAACUAAAGCUGAAAACUCUCGUGGCCUCUGGCAACCUUUCACUGCACUUCUUGGUGAUACUCCAAGUGUUGAUGUUAAGAAGAAUGUUAUUGUUACUGUUUCUUCGGACAAAGGUCUAUGUGGUGGAAUUAACUCUACUUCAGUCAAGAUAAGCAAGGCUUUGCAUAGGUUGAAUUCUGGUCCUGAUAAAGAAACAAAAUAUGUAAUUUUGGGGGAAAAAGCAAAGGCUCAAUUGAUACGUGACUCAAAGAAGGACAUUGAUUUGUCUGUUAAUGAGAUGCAGAAGAAUCCUUUGAACUAUUCUCAGGUAUCUGUUCUGGCUGAUGACAUUUUGAAAAAUGUGGAGUUUGAUGCUUUGAGAAUUAUCUUCAACAAGUUUCACUCAGUUGUCUCUUUCAUCCCAACAAUGUCAACCGUGUUAUCUCCAGAGAUUGUGGAGAGAGAAUCUGAAUCUGGCGGAAAGGUUGGUGAUCUAGACGCAUAUGAGAUUGAAGGUGGUGAAACAAAGUCAGAAAUACUUCAGAAUCUUGCUGAGUUCCAGUUUUCUUGUGUCUUGUUCAAUGCGGUAAUGGAGAAUGCUUGCAGUGAGCAAGGAGCAAGGAUGUCCGCCAUGGAUAGCUCCAGCAGAAAUGCUGGCGAGAUGCUUGAUCGCCUCACACUUACUUAUAAUAGAACUCGACAAGCAUCUAUCACCACAGAAUUGAUCGAGAUUAUUUCUGGAGCAUCAGCAUUGGAGGGUUGAACAUGAGACCCACAGGUCUUUCAUCUGACGGUGACGAAAUAAGGUUAUAGCAGAGGUUUUAUUUGAGUUUAUGGUGCUACCUUUUGAGGGUGUUUUGCUCUAAUAAUUGUGCCAGAACUGACCUUAGUUUCUGGGAACAAAAAUCAUGUGAACAUGGUUUCAAUUGAUUUUGGGAUUCUUUUUCUUCGUGUUUCUGCAUAUAAAAUUCAUCUCAAACAUCUCAAGGCUAUUGUAUAAUUUGGUAAGAUGGCUUGUUUUCUUCAGAAUUAAAAGACCAAGGUCUAUCGAAUGUCAAUAAUCUGUGUUUUGAGCACAUUUUAAAGUUA